AUGAGUGAAAUAUUAUAGUAAGAGGAUGAAAUUUAAUUAGAUCAAGAAAACAUAAGAGGAUAUUUAGAUGAUCAAAUUUUAGGAUAGAUAGUUGAACAAUAUUAGCAUUAAGGACUUACAAACUAAACAAUAUCAUAAUAUACUUAACUAGUAUCAAGAGGUUGCUAAUUAGUAAAAAUUACAUAACUUAUUUUUCAGUUGCAUCCAUUAUUACCAAAGCUACCAGACUAGAAAGGAGUAAAAUUUAUAAGUUAACAAGAAUUACUCAAUUUAGAUAAAACUUUGUUGGGUCGACUUGAAAGUGAUUAGAGGUUUAGAACAUAAAGAGAGAAGAUUAUGCGUAACCAUUCGUAAUCCUAUGUGAGAAAAUUCAAUGUGACUGAUAAGAGUUAAUCUAUUUUGAAUGACAGCUGUUGUUUAAAAGAAUAGAUUGCGUUUUAAUUGGAUCAUAAUAAAACUUAAUUAAGGUACUAGGAAGAGCAGUAGAAACAAAGUAUAUUGAGAACAACGUUCGCUAGAUCUAGAUCUUAGAAUCAAAAUAAAUUACCAAAAAUAAAAACAUAUCCUGCCAAAAUUGACGAGGAAGGAUAAAUUAUGCCAGCCAUAAAAGCUAAAGUUAUACAAGUUCAGUAACCUGAAGAAGAGUUCACAAUUCCUACUCACUAUUUAGGUUGGAUAGAUGUGUUCUUUGGAAAAUGGAGACCUUAAAUGAGAGAAGGAGCUUCCUUGAAUAAUGUCUCUGGAAAAUUAUAUUUAUUUGGAGGAAUAAGUAGCAAACCAUUUAAUGAUGUCGUUAUUUGGGAUCACAAAGAGUGGUUCUAGCCACAGAUAAUUGGAGAGAAGGCUCCAUUUGGUCGAACCAAUCAUGUUCACUGUGUUUAUCGAAGGAACAUCUACAUAUUUGGAGGUGAAAAACCUUAUGAUGGUUAAUAGAAGAUAAGGGAAAGUACUAAUGAUUUUCGAGUGUUUAAUACAGGUAAAUUGGCAACAAUAUGAAAUAGAAAAUAAUGAGUUCAAAUCAUUAAGGUUUGGAGGAGAAUUAAUUGAAGGGAGAAGAGGAGCAACAGGAGCUAUUGUAGGAAAGCAUAUUAUCAUCCACGCAGGUAUCAACACUAAAGGAAGAUAUUUAAGCGAUUUAUAUCACUAUGAUAUUUUGAACAAUAAAAUGUUUUUGAGUUAGGUCGAGCAAAAUGACUUUUUUACUAAUGGAAUUGCCUUUCACACACUCGUCUCUGUCUUUAGUAGUUCAAGAAAUAUCCAAAUUUAUAAAAACUAUAUGGAUCCAGAGGAAAUGAAGGAAAUCAAAUAUAAAGUAGAAGGCGUAUACUUGUUUGGAGGAGAAUCUAAAAUAGGAACACUGUAUUCUGGUUUAUAUAUACUGAAUCCUUGUACUCGUCCUAUGUAAUGGUCUUUGGUGUCUGGCAAAGGAUAAUUACCAAGUAAAUAUUAAUUGAAAUUAACUCUAAGUUAGUAGAUACAAACAUUCUGCUUCAUAUUGUGAUAGAUAGGGGAUUAUUAUUAUUUAUGGUGGCAUAAGCGAAUCAUCUACUUUCUUAAAUGAUUGUCACAUUUUCAAAAUUGAAACUCAAUCUUGGAGCAAUGUUGAUUUAGACCUCAAAGAAGGAAGAGCAGGUCAUUCUGCUGUUGUGGAUGAUCAUAAACUGAUGAUUUUUGGAGGCUACAACGAAACUGGAUUUCUUAGUGCAGACUUUUAGAUUCUAGAAAUCGAUUCUAUGAUUGCCUAUCGAAAUAGAAGAUAAGCCAAUAUAGUUAAUCAUCCUGCUACAGAUGCUUUAUAAUUAUAAACUACGAAUCAGAAUGUCAAAACUAAGCACUAAAUUUACACUGACAGGAUGAGUAAAAUUAGAGAAUAAGUUGCCAGUCUUUCUUAUAAUAUUAAAUCUUUCAUACCUAAACCUAUUAUCAAAUAAAUAUCUGCCAAGAAUCUCAACAAAAUCAAUAAAGAAUAAAUGCUGUUUUCUUAAAGAUUGAAUGAAGAAACUUCUGAAUUAAUCAAGGAUUUUGAUUAUGUAGAAGAAAGCAAAGAUGAAAUGAAGGCCUCUGCUAAGCUGGAUGGCUCUCCACAUUCAAAUAAAAAACUUACUGAUAGGCGCUCAAUUUCAAUUAGAAAUUCAUAACCAUUUUCCCAUUGA